GCUCCAAUCACCGGUCCCUUCUGCAAAGGCAGUCUCUGCAUUUUUGCCUUUUCCUAAACGCUAACAUGGCGAAAAAAAGACAGAUGUAAAGGCGAUGCAAAAUUAACAGUCAUAUAACAAGGAAGGAAAGAGAACCAGAAGAAAUGUAACAAUACAGAGCACGAGCCUUUUUCAUGGAGAAUCACGGCCGCGAGCGAAAGGAUGAGAAGCGGGACUCCUUUACUCCAGGACACCUUGGAUCAAAAUGGUACCUGACUCCCAGGUAAUCAAGGCUUGAGCUGGGAGAACUUUGUGCCUGACAAAAGAUGCCGAUGGGGAGGUGUGAAGGAUUUAAGCUAAUAGUGGAAAAGACAGCUGAUUACCCUUCCACUGAGUACUCACUGGUGGAGGAUGUCGCCCUCCACUUCACUUGUUUGAUGGACAGACUCAAUGAGCAACGCCUGUUUCAGCCAGAUCUCUGCGACGUGGACAUUGUCCUGGUGCGACAAAAGAAUACCUUUCCUGCUCACAAAGGGGUUCUUGCAGCCUAUAGCCAGUUCUUCCAGUCCCUCUUUACCCAGAAUAAGCAGCUUCAGAGGGUGGAGCUUUCACUGGAAGCAUUAACACCACAAGGUCUCCAGCAAAUUCUCAAUUUCAUCUAUACUUCCAAGCUUCUGGUGAAUUCCUGCAAUGUGCAGGAUGUAUUAAACGCUGCUGCAGUCUUUCAGAUGAAUGAUAUUGCUAGUUCUUGUCAAGAACUUAUUAACAAUCGGUCAUUAAACCUGACCAGCUCAAGUGAUAUGUCCUCACAAGACAAUCGAGGAAAGUCUGUUUCUUCUCAGUUUUACAGAGAAAUUAAGCAAGAGCUUGACCCUCCAAUUACCAAGAUCUAUGCCAGGGAAGGCAAUAAUCCGUACUCUGUAAGAGUUGAGGACAACACUGAUAAGCAGCACCAUUCUGCUGCCCAGCAAAAGCAGUAUUUCAAAAAAGAAGAAGGUGACGGACAAGAGGUAUGCAAAAUCGAGGGGGCUGCUGAAGAGUCUGAAGACUCUGACAGUCAUGGUUCUUUUAAUAGGGAGCAAAUCAUUGUGGAGGUCAACCUCAACAACCAAACUUUGAAUGUGUCCAAAGGGAUGGAAGGUAAAGCUCCUUCCACAGAAGCUACAGCAAUGUUGAGUCGAUGUCACACUAAGCAAAACAUUUCGGAAGAAGAGGAAGAGGAAGAAGAGGAGGAAGAAGAUGAAGAAGAGGAUGAGGUGGAAGAAGACAAUGAUGACAAUGAGAAUGAUGAUGCAAAUGUUGGGGAGGAUGCUGAAGAUGAUCAGACUGAAGAGGAGGAUUUGGUAGAGUCAAGUGAGGAGGAGGAAGAGGAAGAGGAGGAGGAAGAAGAGGAAGAGGAGGAGGAAGAAGAGGAGGAGGAGGAAGAUAAUAAUAACAACAACAACAUUCCAGAACUGAAGAAGGAUAAAAUAGAAAGACCCCAAAGGAGAACCAGAGUUUCUGGGGAUUCCACAGCUACAGUUUCACCCAAGCUGUUGGAAAGUGGUAGUAAAGCUAAGAAAGGGCGCAGGAAGAAAAAGUCCCCAGGAAACUUGGGCCCCAAAGUGAAACUGGAAGAAAAACAGAAUUUUCCUUGUAAGAAAUGCCCAAGGAUUUUCAAUAACCGUUGGUACCUGGAGAAACACAUGAAUGUCACACAUAGUAGGAUGCAGAUCUGUGACAAGUGUGGCAAAAGGUUUCUUUUGGAAAGUGAACUCUUGCUGCACCAUCAGACGGACUGUGAGAAAAAUAUCCAGUGUGUCACCUGUGGGAAGGUGUUCAAGAAGCUCUGGUCUCUACAUGAACACAACAAAAUUGUCCAUGGCUAUGCAGAAAAGAAAUUCUCAUGUGAAAUUUGUGAAAAGAAGUUCUACACAAUGGCACAUGUCAGAAAACAUAUGGUUGCUCACACAAAGGACAUGCCAUUUACUUGUGAAACAUGUGGGAAGUCCUUUAAGCGCAGUAUGUCUUUGAAGGUUCACUCACUUCAGCACUCUGGAGAGAAGCCUUUUAAAUGUGAGAACUGCAGUGAACGCUUCCAGUACAAAUACCAGCUGCGCUCGCACAUGAGCAUUCACAUUGGACACAAGCAGUUCAUGUGCCAGUGGUGUGGAAAGGACUUCAACAUGAAGCAGUAUUUUGAUGAGCACAUGAAGACACACACUGGAGAGAAGCCAUAUAUCUGUGAAAUAUGUGGCAAGAGCUUCACCAGUAGACCCAACAUGAAGCGCCACCGGCGGACACACACAGGAGAGAAGCCGUACCCUUGUGAUGUAUGUGGCCAGCGUUUCCGUUUCUCCAACAUGCUGAAGGCCCACAAAGAGAAGUGCUUCCGGCUUAGCAACCCUGCUGAUGGGAAUCCCAUGGGCCUGUCUCCAUCUUGCCAGAGCCCCAAUUCCAUUGUAGGCAUCAAUCCAAACACAAUCACUGCUGGUGUACCUUCUCACCCUGCUUCCCUGCCACUUCCCUUACUUCAUCCCAUGGCUACGAUACCUUCUACCCCACAUCUGCCCCCUCCACCCCCUCUGUUCCCAGCCGGGAGAAUAAACAACAACUAAGCUAGUGACACACACAAAUGUAUAGGUAUCGUAUCUGAAUAUAUGAUGCAAGCUGGGUAUGAAAAACCUGCAUUUAUUCUGGGAGACUGUCAGUGGCUGAUGCCCAGGGUGGGUGGUUAGUACUGUAGGGCUUAGACUGAUUUGGCCUCCCAACAAAGCGACAGACUUUCUCAUGCAAGUCUAAUAGCUGUGUUUAUGGAAAUUCUGUUAUCAGGCACUUUUUUUCAUUUUGUACACUGUUUGUCUAUAUGUAUGCAUUUUUAAUUACAUAGAGACCUCUUUAUCUGGAAAUAAAAAGACAAAACUUCUUUGGAGUUUCAUCUUA